AUGAAAGUAGCAUUUUUCAAGAAAGAUUAUUUCUUUGUAGAGGGAAAACUUUCGUGCCCCAAAGAGAAAAGGGUAAACUUGUCUUCAUCCUUUCAUUUUUCGUCAUUUGAUUCCGAAAGGUUAACGGGUGGGAAAUUGGGUAAGGCUGGAGAGAAUAACUUAGAUAGUUGUCAAGGGGAUCAUAGCGAGGAGUUGGGAUUAGGCAAAGGAGGAUCCAUUGUAUUGGUGGAUACACCACACACAGUGUCAUCAAGCCACAAAGAUGCCGAUAAUGACAAGGAUGACAUUAAUGUAGAAAGGUCGUGGAUGAGCUAA